AUGCCUACUGUGACAAGAUAUGCCGCAGAAACAGAUGUCUAUAAUGGAUUCAUAUCCAGGUCAGCAUCGUUUAUCAAGUUUGAAAAGAGAAAAACACAGAAAAACACCUUCACCUACAACAAUCGUCAUAAAAGAAACGCUGCGUCGUCCAAUCUUAUUAUCACGCAACACUUCAACGAGAAGUUGGUGUCUCCUGGUGAAGAUAUAAGUUUGCAAUGCACGUCUACUGCCGAUCGACCGCCGCGGUUUGUGUGGGAGAGGGACGGAGUGGCCAUCUCUUCGAAUACAGAUCAAAGGUACACUCUAGGCCAAAUGAUGUCACCUUCAGGUGUCGGUGUGAUGGCUCACCUCAACAUCACUCGAGUGAGGGUGGAGGACGGAGGCCUGUACUCCUGUACCGCGAUGGAAGGCGAGGGUGUAGUGGCCCACGCGGCGAGGAUUGAUGUUUAUGGUCCUCCCUACAUAAGAAAUAUUCCUCCCAUAAAGGUGCAAAGUGGUGAUCCUUUGAAACUUAGAUGUCCAUAUUACGGAUACCCAAUCAGCAAACUAGAAUGGGAGCACAAGGGCAAAAGAAUCGUCAGCUCAAACUUACCGCAACACACUCGCUACAAAAGACUAUCGAAACAAGGUAUAAAAACCUACAAAACCACCAGAAGAAAACGAAGGAAACGUCAAGUUUAUGACAACAAUGAUGAAGAAGGAGUGCUGAAUAUACCUAGGGUUUUGAAGGAAGAAAAUGGGGCAACGUACACUUGUAUUGUGUUCAGUCCUUCGGGAGAAAUGGCUAGAAGAUCAUUUGAAAUUCAAGUAGUGGAAGCGCCAGAACUGGAUGAACUGAGGGUCGGGACUGGGCUGAAGGAGGGACAGAUUGUGCAGAUCACGUGCAACAUCGUCAGCGGGGACCCCCCGAUCUACUUCUCUUGGCUGAAGGAUGGGAAGAAGAUUCCUGCCAAUUUGAAGGUGACGGAGCGUAGUGCGGACCUGUUCUCGGUGCUGAUCAUAAAGCGAGUGUCUCUGGAGCACUGCGGCCAGUACACGUGCGUGGCCACCAACCACGUGGGGAAGGUCAACCAGAGCUCGGAGCUGUAUAUCAAUGUGGCCCCUAAAUGGGUCGAAGAACCAAAGAACACAUCUUUGCUGCUUGGACAGAGAGGAGUGGUGUAUUGUAACGCCAACGGGUAUCCGACACCACAAAUACAUUGGAUGAAAAGAGAUGCAACCCUCGGCAUUUGGCGCCCAGUCCUCGACCUGGCUGGUGGCGGCGUCAUGAGCAUGUCCAACGGAACCCUCAUCAUUGAGGUGGUCACCCUGACUGAUGAAGGAAUGUACGCGUGCAAUGUGGAGAACGGUGUGGGAGAAGCGUUGAAUAUGAAUGUGUGGAUUAGUGUUAAUAAGCCGGUGCAUUUCGAGUCUUCUGCGACGAACUUGACGACUAAAGUUGGACUACCAGUGGUGCUGAGUUGCCAACCGCUCGGGGACAGCCCUAUUCGGGUCAAAUGGAGUUUGGAUGGGAAAGCGCUGGAUUUUACUUCGACUAGGAUAACAAUAUCGGAAGCUCAAACCCACAAUGGGGUGAAGAGUUUAAUCAGUAUAAACUAUGUGGAGACGCGGGAUGGUGGGCACUACGAGUGUCGAGCGAGCAACCCGUUCGGAAUGUCGGUGCACACCAUACAUCUUAGUAUAUUGGAGCCACCAACUCCGCCCCUGGACCUUCAAGUGGACUCCCUCUCCAGUAGAACUGUCAAGUUGUCAUGGAGGGACACAAUCCGAGACCAUGUCCAAUAUUACAGCUUGCAGUACGGCCCCAACGACUUUACCGUGUGGGACACCGCAAGGAGCAUUAAUGUUACCAGACAAGACAGUGAAAUCCGUCAAAGCAUUGAGCUUCGUGACUUGCAGCCGGCAACGGAGUACCGAGCCCGGGUCGCGUCCGGCAACCAGGCUGACCUGAGCCACUACACGCCGCCACUGCUCUUCACUUCGCAGCAAGAAGCCCCAUCAUCCCCACCACUGGCAGUGCGCGCGCUACAAACAGACGCAGCCGGCGAGUUAGCCGUGUCGUGGCUGCCGCCGCCGCGGGGCGCGCGCCACGGGCCCCUGCUGGGCUUCCACGUGAAGACUGUGCCGAGGGGCGGGGGGGACGCCGGUAUCGAUGAAGCUCAAGCCAAAAUUGUGAAAGUGAUGAUAAGAAAAGGGAAACAAGAAACGAUAAUUAGUAAUCUAUUGAAAAAUAUGAGAUAUGCUGUAUCCGUGAGUGCUUUCAAUUUAGCAGGAAAUGGCCCAUAUUCUCUGCCCGUAUACCAGACAACAAGAGAAGGAGCCCCAGAAGUAGCUCCAUCUAGUGUGGAAUGCAGGGGAGUUUCAUCGUCGUCGCUGAGAGUGGCGUGGCAGCCAAUCAUAGCGCAGGGCACCUCGCUGCUGGGGUACUCUGUGUACUAUAGCACUGAAGAUGGCCCGUGGGUGAACAUCAGCUCCCCUCACACGGAGCUGUACUUGCAGGGCUUGAUGAAGUACACCAACUACACCGUCAAGGUGGCCGGCUUCUCCAACUUCGGGCACGGGCCGUUCUCUCAUCCGAUCCUGUGUUCUACUUUACAAGAUAUUCCAGGUCCACCAUCAGCCAUCAAGGUGCUCGUAGCAUCCUCCUCCUCGCUGCUCGUGAGCUGGAGGAAGCCUGACCAGGCCAACGGAGAGAUCACGCAUUAUACUGUCUAUGUGAAGACUACUUCAAGCUCAAACACGCCGCAAUCAUACCGCGUAGAGCCACCCCCAGACUCGCAGCUGCCGGCGCGCCACCUCACCUUCGAGCUGAAAGGUCUCUCGGAGGGUAGGCAGUACGAGGUGUGCGUCAGCGCCAGCACCCAGGCGGGGGAGGGGCCGCCUACCGCGCAGGCGAAUAGAGAGCUUACUGGACGAGUGAUAGCAGGCGUAGCGUCACUAGGCGGCCCCAUAUCAGUCGGUGUCGGGAGUUCCUUACUGCUGGUGUGUCAGUGUGUCGGGGUUCCAUCUCCGCGGACCGUGUGGUACCACAAGCACAACAUCAUCACCCAUCAUCCCAGGUUCACUAGGAACCAUGAUGAUAGCUUGCUGAUUAAUAAUAUAGACCAAUCCCUAAGCGGCAACUACACGUGCUUGGCAAAGAACUUGUACGGUUCAGACUCGGUAUCAUACUCUAUAUCAGUGCUGCCAACGCCAGAACCACCGAGCCUCAGAGCUACUCCUCACAGAAACGCUAUUCAUUUGUCUUGGGACCUGCCAAAGAGCUCCACGGGAAAAAUGCAGAAGAUCAGCUACAACUUAACCUGGAAAGAAGCAAACGGGUCCUGGCAAGACACUUGGACGAACAAAGGGACGCUAAUACAAGGGGCUCAAGAGUACACCCUUGAUGGACUCAAAUGUGGAACAAAAUACUCCGUAAGGAUGACCGCUUCUAACAGCGUGGGAUCUUCGCAGCCUGCUUAUUUAGAUGCUAUGACUUUGGGUGGAAUGCCAAUAGCACCGACAACAACAGAAUGGUUCUGGAGCAACGCGACCCACAUCUACAUCCAGCUCAGCGGUUGGGACGACCACGGCUGCGAGAUCGUGAAGUGGGAUGUAGAGUUCAGGGAGUUUGGAAGUAAAGUGUGGAAGAAGGCUGAGAAUCGUAUGCCUCAAAUAGAGUCCUGGAGCCACUACUCGUCCUCGAUCCUGAACCAGCCUCACUCCUUCGCGAUCUCAGACCUCACUCCGGCGCGGUGGUAUCAAGUGAAGGUGUCCGCUGAGAACGCGGCCGGGGUCUCCACUAGCGUUUAUAAUUACGCUACAACUACUGUUUUGGGAGAAACUAUCGGACCACCGUCGGACCUUGUGGAUCUGAACAUGCUAGUUAUCAUAUUCAGCUCCAUCUUACUCACUGUUUGUUUCCUCGCGUGCGUCGUCAUUCUCGUCAAGAGGCACAACCACCACCGUCUAACAGAGUACAGAAACUCGCUGACAGUGGAAUGUAAAUCCGAGCGCAGUAAUGUCACCGUCAACACUCCGCAGAGUGUACCGGACAGCAAUAGAGUGUACAGCACGCCUAUACAUAUGGCCAAUGAUAGUAAACAUGAACUGUACGAGAUAAGUCCGUACGCACAAUUUGCCAUCGGUUUCCGUACUUUCGGUCAUGUGGACAACCAGGAGGCCCCACGGAUGCCCGGCGGCAGCAAGCGAUAUGACAGUGAAACAAGUUUUCAAAUGAGGUCUGAAUCAGAAGAGAGUGAUUGUGUCUCAAGAACUACUACACUGAAGAGUGUACCAAGAAAAACAUGCCGAGUGCCCCACCACAGGUAGCCGAAAAGGAUAACAAAUGUCAAUAUUUUUAAAUGAUUGUGUUCACCUCUGCCAAUCUUAGUUUUAAGAUUUAAAAUAUACUGUCAACUAAUGUUUAUACUAAAUGUGAGUGAAAUCUAAUGACAUUAACCUGGCAUUAACAGACACCAGAGAUUGUAAAGAUAUUACAUUAGUAAGUCCUGAGGUUAUGUUGCCGUACCUCAUAUAACUCCUUAUUACGUAAACACUGAAGAUUCAAUUAUUUAAUACCUAUCUCUACUAAAUAAGACCGAGUUUCUAUUCCUCUACACAAUUUACAUAAACUAUUAUUUAGCAGUAUAGAUAUUUUGUAAAUAAUUACAUUAAAAACUUCGGUAAAGAGUAGUACUUCAUUUUACAUAAAUACGAUGAGACGUAAAUAAUAUACUUGUAUGUUAGACAGUUUAAAAAAUCAUUUUGUAAGUAGUGAAUAUUAAAAUUAUAUCUUCAAAAGACUGAUUAUUUAACUUUUCAUUUGAAAUAUUGUAAUUUAAAUGUAAUCAGUAUUAAUAAUAAGUAGGUAAAUGGAAUAUGUUUAGAAAUCAAAUUU